AGCAAGAAAAAAGCCUCAUUUAAAAGUGAGAAUGAAAUUCAUUCAUCUAAUCAAUAACUCUAAAUUUAUUUCAAUGCCUUUAUUUUCCAAAAUGCUGCUUCAUAAUCAAUUUAUAUCACAAAGAAUUCCAUAUAACUAUUACUCAACCUUCAUAUGUGAAAGGCCUAAUAAUGAACAAGAUAAAGUGUGGUUUAGGAAGCUUCUAUCAAAAAAUAUGAGAAAGAAUCUUUGUGAUUCAAGGAGCUAUACCAAUCAGAAUAUCCUGAGGUUGGCUGAAAGAGGUAUUUGGAAAGAUAGAUUUCCAAUUGCAAGCUUGGAAUUUGAGAAGAGUUUGGCCACCUCCAAACAAACCGUGUAUGCUGGAUUUGAUCCGACUGCUGAUUCCCUGCACAUCGGCAACCUGCUUGUUAUCAUCGCCCUUCUUCAUUGUAGACAAGCUGGACACACGCCUCUUGUGUUGUUAGGUGGCUUCACAUCUUCUGUUGGAGACCCUACAGGGCGUCUGAACGAGCGUCCUCACUUGUCUGAAGACGUGGCAGCAGCAAACUUGUCUCGAAUUCACGACUGCAUUCUCAAAAUUUUUGAAAAUCACAGCAAACUUUUCUGGAAUUUUGGUGAUAAGGAGCCUCUUCCAGAUGCAAUCUUUCUGAAUAAUCAAUCCUGGAUGCAGAACAUAAAAUUUUCCGAGCUCCUUCCCGUCCUGCAGGCAAUGAAGAUGAAAGAUCUUUUAGGAAGUCGCUUCGUCAGAGAGAGACUUGGCAAGCCUGGAGCCUUGUCUUUGAAUCUUAAAGAAUUUUUAUAUCAAAUUUGUCAGGCAUAUGACUGGUUGCAUCUCUAUGAUAAGUAUCAGUGCAAAAUUCAAAUAGGAGGGAGCGACCAGCUCGGCAACAUCAUGGUCGGUCAUGACCUCAUACGCGAUGCUCGGGGAGACUCUUCUUGUACAGGCCUCACCACGCCGCUGCUGCUGGGGCCGUAUGGUGAGAAGCUUGGCAAGACUGCGGGCAACAGCGUCUGGCUGAGCAGCGACAGGACUUCAGUCUUUGAUUUCUACCAGUAUUUUCUGAGGAAGCAAGACACGGAGGUGGAAAAUUUGUUGAAGUUGAUGACGUUUAUUCCUGUGAACGACAUCAAGAAAAUAAUGCAGCAGCACAAGGAGAAGCCAGAGACGCUGACUGCGCAGAAGAAACUGGCGGAGUCGCUGACGCUGCUUGUACAUGGAGAGCGUGGGCUGGAGAUUGCCCAGAAGUGCACGGCAAUUUUGUACCACAACCAAGCGACGGCGCUGCUGGACCUGACGCCGCCUGACCUGGAGAACUUGUUCGGCGCCAACACAGCGCGCCUGACGCUCCACCCCGCCACCACCGUCCUACAGGCCGCCAUGAGCGCUAAAUGCUUCGCUUCUGAAAUAGUUAGUUUUGAUUUCAAAUCACAAUUGAUCAUGCUGCGGACAUUUUUCUUUUGUAGCACACAUGAUGCGUAUAAUACUCUAUGUGGUACAAUUACAUAUACCUACAUAUACCUACAUCAUUGUAAUACAUUAUUAAAUGGCACAGAGCGUGGGCUGGAGAUUGCUCAGAAGUGCACGGCAAUUUUGUACCACAACCAAGCGACGGCGCUGCUAGACCUAUAUGAUGCGUAUAGGACUAUUUGUUGUAUAAUUACCUAUACAUCAUUAUUAUACAUUAUUAAUAAUGGCACAGAGCGUGGGCUGGAGAUUGCCCAGAAGUGCACGGCAAUUUUAUACCACAACCAAGCGACGGCGCUGCUGGACCUGACGCCGCCUGACCUGGAGAACUUGUUCGGCAGCAACACAGCGCGUCUCACCCUACACCCCGCCACCACCGUCCUACAGGUCGCCAUGAGCGCUAAAUGCUUCACUUCUGAAAGAACCGCCGAGGAAAUUAUCCGCAACGGAGGGUUCCAUAUCAACCAGUUCCCCGUGAAGGAGCCCCACAUGAUCCUCGUGCCUGACGCUCACAUCCUCCCCUCAGGAUAUUCCCUCCUCAGAGUUGGGAAAAGGCGCUUCACUUUGGUAGCCUGGAACAGCAGCAGUGCUUGGGCCGAGCGAUCAUAGUCUACUCGAGUCUUACGCCAUCAUCAGUCAAUCAAAUGGUCGCAGGAAUUUAUAUUACAAUAAAAGAUACAAAGUUACCGGUGUAAUGAAUGUACCAUUACUUAUGAUCGUCGCAAAUGAUUUUCUCAUGAACUCGGUUGUUGUUAGCUAAUUACGUUGCAGUCUUUACUUUGCAUUCCACAACGGAUUUCAUCUAGUGACUGUUUACUGCCAUUGAUUUGAUUUUCAAAUUGUCUCAAUAUGGAAAAUUGGUAUCAUAGUUUGAAUUGUGACUCAACACGUGCUGAUUUUCAAAAUAAAAUUUCGCUUUACUACCAAUUUAUCUUCCACCUCACACCGCCUAUUGCAUUGAUAGCGAUCGUCUUCGAAACUAGAUUCUUGUCAAUAAUAAAUGAUUUCUGUAUUAA